AUGACCAAAGGAGAUGGGCAUGACAGCUUGACAAAAGACAUGUCCGUUCCGCCCUCCAAACCUCUGCCGCGGGUCCCGAGCUCCCCAAGAUCAGUGGGCUCGACGAGCCAGACGUCGGCGGGGAGGAGCAAGGAGUACAAGUCUCUGAUGCUCAAGAGAUCGGACGGGCCUCCGGGGAGCAAGUGCGGCAUCGGGAUCACGUUCUGGAAGACGUACCCGGUCGGCCCCUUCACCAUCGCAGCCCUAAAGGAGCACGGCCCUGCUGCUGCCUCCUGCCUAGUCCAUCCUGGCGACCUUCUGCAUGCUGUGGACCAGAUCUCCGUCUACGAGAAAGUUCCGGACGAGGUGACGCAGAUGAUUAUUGGAGAGCCCAAGUCCACUGUGGAGUUGCUCAUCUCUUGCAGCCACGGGACAGCAGACACACCGCAGGAGGAGCAGGGGCCAGGAUACAACGUGGCCGCAGAGAUCACUGGGAUGAACCGUGAGUACAUGAGCCCGAGGAGCGUGGAGUCGAAGCUGAGGAAAGAUCGCGCGAGCCCAAGGAGAGAGGAGGAGAGAAGGGAGGACGACUUCUCGCCAUGGAGCAGCAGGGAACAUCUUGAGAAGGAAGAGGAGGCGAUUGAGGUGUUCAAGGAGAAGCUGGACCAGGUGUUCAAGGAGCUGGAGAAGGAGAGGAGGAGAAUAGAUGAGCUCAACAAGGAGAGGAACGCCAGCAUGGCUAAGAUCCAGGCUCAGGCGGCAGCGAUCAGGGGCCUCAAAGGAGACAAGGAGAUGCUGACGGCGAGGGUGGAGCGGCUGCAGGCAGACCUGAGGGACCAGGAGGUCAUGACGACUAAGUUGAAGGAUGUUGAGAUGCAUCUGGAGGGGUCGAAGAAGAAGUCGGCAGACUUGACGAGGAAGCUGGAAGAGGCGGAGAAGAAGCUCUUGUCGAUGCAGAGUCAGUCCGGUCAAGCGAGGGAUGUGCAGAGACAGCUGGAUCAAGUCAUGCUGGAGAAGCGACAGCUGGAAGAGAGCAUGCUGAAGAUGCAGCAGGGCGAGAAGAUGCUGCUCGAGUCAUCCCGCCAGGCGAUAGAGGAAUUGAGCAAGCAGCACAGCCGAGACACGAGAGAUGCCAACGACAAGGUUCAAAACCUUCAAGACGAGCUCAAAGUUGUUCGACGGAUCGCAACCCUGAGGGCGAUGAGGAUCGCGAUUUUACAGCAGCAGCUAGAGGAGCUGACGUCCAAAAGCAACCCAGAGAACGUGAGGGCAAAGGAGGACAAGAUCGCGCAGCUGGAGGAAAGCAUCAGCAACAUCCGCGAUGAGAAGAGGAGCGAGCAGGAGAGGCUGAAUACCUCGCUGCAGCAAGCGAACUCGAAGCUGGCAAGAUUGCAACUUGAAAAUCGAAGACUCCACCGAUUGUUGGAGAAGCGACUGGACAUGGAGGAGAACAGCGAUGAAUCCUCCAAAAAAGAUUCUAAAACAACCAGUUCCUCCAAGUCGCGGGGAGAGGUCAGGCCUGAGCCCCAACCAACACCACCGCCACCGGCCCUGGACAUGACGAGGAGGAGCCUUGACGGCUCCUCCAACAACCACAAGUCAAGCUCGACCAAGAAGUGGUCGCAGGUCAAGAAACGAGCCUGA